AUGGAGAUCGCGGGGCGCCGGGCCGCAGACCAAGCGUGUCCCUCCCGCCCCGCAGCCAUGCUCUUCCACGGCCUCCCCGGCGGCCACCUCCAGGGCCUCGUGGAGGAGAUGGAGCGCCGGUCCAAGGGCGACGCCCGCCUGGCCAAGGGCGCGCCGCUCGGCGGCCGCGGCGACCCGGGCCUGCCCCCGCUGAGCCCGGAGAAGCCCGCGCUGUGCGCCGGCUGCGGCGGGAAGAUCGCGGACCGCUACUACCUGCUGGCCGUGGACAAGCAGUGGCACCUGCGCUGCCUGCAGUGCUGCGAGUGCAAGCUGGCGCUGGAGUCCGAGCUCACCUGCUUCGCCAAGGAUGGCAGCAUCUACUGCAAGGAGGACUACUACAGAAGGUUCUCCGUGCAGCGGUGCGCCCGCUGCCACCUGGGAAUCUCGGCCUCGGAGAUGGUGAUGCGGGCGCGGGACGCCGUCUACCAUCUGAGCUGCUUCACCUGCUCCACCUGCAGCAAGACGCUGGCCACCGGCGACCACUUCGGCAUGAAGGACCGCCUGGUGUACUGCCGCGCGCACUUCGAGGCGCUGCUGCAGGCCGAGUACCCAGCCGCGGCCCCGCUCAGCUACACCGAGCUGGCGGCCAAGGGCGGCGGCCUGGCCCUGCCCUACUUCAACGGCUCCGGCACCGUGCCCAAGGGCCGGCCGCGCAAACGCAAGAGCCCCGCGCUGGGCGUGGACCUCGUCAGCUACGGCUCAGGCUGCAACGAGAACGAGGCCGACCCCCUGGACCGCGACCCGCCGCCCUACCCGCCCUCACAGAAGACCAAGCGCAUGCGCACCUCCUUCAAGCACCACCAGCUGCGGACCAUGAAGUCCUACUUCGCCAUCAACCACAACCCGGACGCCAAGGACCUCAAGCAGCUGGCCCAGAAGACAGGCCUCACCAAGCGAGUGCUGCAGGGAGAACAAAUCUUGGGGUAUUACAGCCAAACAUCCCGACGUUUGAAAAUUCCCUAA